AACAAAAGUAAAAAAGAAGAGCCUGAAAGUGCAUCAGAAGCUGCAGCAAAGCCAGCGGAGAAGAAGACCCCCGAACCCUCAGCAGCAAAAGAGAAAGAAUCUGCUGCAGCACAAAAAGAAAAAGCUGAAGCAGCAAAAGCAGCAGCAGCAGCAGCAGCAGCAGCAAAAGCAGCAAAAGCAGCAGCAGAAAAAGAAAAAACAGCUGCAGAGAAGAACGAAGACAAGGCAGAGGCCGCAGCUGAAAAAGCCAAAGACAACAAACAGUAA